CCCGCCGUUAAUUUGAUCGUUCAAGGUCGCAAGGACGAGCUAUGUCUAGCUUGGAAAUGACGCACUUUACCAUUGUGUGCUUUACUUCAUUUGUUCGUCUAUGUGCCAUAGUCUAUGCUUAGAAUUCUUUUUCAAAGUACAAUACUUCAUGUUAUUCAGAUUACCAAAAUAUCUACAUAUACGGUACCGUAUCAAAGUGAUAACUGAAUAAACCUAAUGAGAUGGAGUAUUUAUUCCCUGUAUCGAUGCAGUGUUCAUAUUCGGACGCACCUAGCUCCAUAAUUUUUCAUGAGACCCAAAAGUAUCCUGAAAGUGUAUCAUCACUCAUCACAACGCUCUUGCUCAACAUUGCAAAUGAGGCUGUAACGCGGCAGUUACGCACAGUUUUUAUCCGAAAAGAGGCUAUUUUAAAAUAUGAUUUCGUUCACGUUCAUGGUUGCAGUAAACUCGUUACAUCUAAUUGGGAUAAUGUCCAUUUCGUACAUUUAAUCACCUACAGAUACCUACCUUCUGAAGAUGCAUUAAUACAUUGGUUUUCACAUGUUCAUAUGGGAAGAGGAUUUGCUGACGUUAUUAUUGUUGAAGGACUGGAUCAGUUCGUGGAAAAUGAUAAUGACGCAUCAUAUAUCAUUAGAUUAACUAAUCUACUAGAAGAUACUCGACAAUUUAUCCAUAGUUUUACGAAAGAGACUGAGCACGGUCAUAACUGUAAACUAAUAGUGUCUUCCAGUCUAAAGAGUUCUCAUACAUCCAAAAAAUCUGAUCUUGCACAAUAUCAUCGCGAUACACUUCCAGCACAUGCUAUGAUUAGAACGUUUUUUUUGCAGGGAGGAAAUGGGAGUGAUUUAUUUGACUUGUACUCAGUUGAGGAUAAUUGGAAGUUGAAUUUAAAAAGACAAUAUGAUGAAGUUUUCUGGACAACAAACCAAUAA